AUGAUCGGCCAUGCUCGCUGGGACGUCUGCUGGCGCAUCGUCGUCCACCACCGCGCUGGCCUCAUUUACCGGAUGGUGCAGCCCAAGAUCGGGCUCCUCAUCUUUGUCUCGGGCAAGGUCGUGCUGACCGGAGGCAAGGUGCGAAACGAGAUCUUCUCCGCUUUCGAGCAAAUCUACCCCGUCUUGCAAGAGUUCCGCAAGCUCCCCGCCGCCGCUGCAGCCACCGCACUCACGCCGGCGACGUGA